AUGCACUUCUCUAUCUGUUUCGCAGUUUUGGGCAUCUUCGGCUCCGUUGUCUCUGCUGCGCCUAUCGCUCAAGCACUCGACGGAUCUUCUGCUACUACCACUGCAGUUGGCACUGGCUUACCCAGCGAUGUCACGUCAGUCAGCGGUGAUAAUACUACUCCUACCUCUGGAGGUACUACGGGUCCAGGUCCUUUCACUGGUCCAGGUAUAGUAGGAGGAGGAGGUGGUGGUGGUGGCAACACUGGUGUUGGUAACAAUAAUGCUGGAGCUGGCUCUAGUCUCGCUGCUAAAUUUCCUGGAGCACUCGGUGGUAGUGGAGCCCAAGGUCUAAGACAGGAGGGACAAGAAGGUUCGGCAGGGCAAGGACAAGGUGAUGGCUCUGCUCAAUCUAGUCCAGCUGGAAUAUCAACUGGUUUGGUUUCCUCUGGCAUUGCUCCUACCGGUACCGCGACCGGUAGUGCUUUCCCUUCCAGGUCUCCUCAGCCUUGA